CCAAGAUCAGUGCAGCUGGAAAUGCACUUCCUGCAGUUAAAAAUACAGGGAGGUUCCUAUAUAAUGGGACUUCAGAGAGGAGAUCCGGCAAAACUGUUAACAUCUAUUCAUUCUGAUGCCUUAAAAGUUAGCUGCCCAGCAGCUCUUCACUUCGCUGAUGGUGUUUAGGGCGAGGUUGUCUCAUCCUAUAAUGUAGUCCUGGUCUGACAUCUGAGAAUACCAAAGCUCUACAGGAAAAACAGGGACCAGAGUUUAUUUCAGUUACACCACUUCCUGCGUGGAAAUCAGGAGAUGUUCCCAAAGGGCGGUCGCUGCGUGUAGGCGAUAGCAUGCCUCUCUCCACAGGAGCUCUCUGCAGCUGGUCUGGGAAGUUUACUGCCUCAGGAAGCCAAUAAAUUAAACAGAUAUUUAAUCUGAAGAGGGCUGGGCUGGGGUGGCCAGAAAAGCUUGAUGGAAUAUUAACACUGUUUGCUACUUAUUGAGAGUAGGGUAACUGUGCUUUGAGCCAUCCAUGAUCACCAUUCAGCUAGGAACCUUAGCUGAAUGGAGAUAAUCAUAUGCCCUGAAGUAGCCCUUUUUCUAUCUUACUACUUUUUUACCUCCAUGAUGUCAUGGUCUGAUGAUGUGAUUAUUGGUUGCUGUGUUAAAUAGGUUCCCAGUAAAAUCCUGAUUCUUUUCAUAUUGUAAUAGGAUUAUCAUACAAGAUGAGGGUAUUUGCACCUAAGACAAAAUACACAGUAGUUUACAUGCAGAAUAAGUGCAACCAUCUAGAAACUGAAUUUUCUAAAGAUCAGCACAAAGCUCUUGAAACAGGCCCAACCCAAACGGAAAAUACAAGGUGCUGUUGAAUCAACAAUGAAGCAACAAGUUUCAAGGCUAUGCCAGGAAAACAGGGAAAUGUCUCUCCCUUCGCAUCCUUACCUACGGAGGAAGUUUUUUUCUGCCAUCAGUUACUGAUUCACUCAGUCCAGGGAAGGGCUGCUUUCCAGUUUGGUUUGAAUGCCGGUCCUCUAAUCAGCUGGAGAAAAGGAGUCACUUAUAUAAGCCAAAGGAAAGGAAAUGCUUCUGUGAUACAGAUCACAUGAAGAGCUAGGACUGAGCGCUGGUUGUCUCCCAAAGUCCAGUUUCUGCAUCUUCUCACCCUGAUUCUUUAGGGCUGAGUUGACUGGGAGAAGUGGCAAUUUAGGAGGCUUUCCUCUUCUUACUAGCCUUUCUUUUUCAAGGCAGUUGGUGAAGGCAAGUGGAAGGCAUGACCCCCUCCUCAGACAAAGAGCUCAACGGGCUAGAUAACCCCAGCUUCAUGGGUGAAGAUGGGAAACACUACUGCUCCUCACUGGAUCGUGAUGCCCAGGGCCCAGAGGAAGGCAGGGACAUGGGCCACGGUGGUAUCAAGCUUGCCUACACUGUCAUGGACAUGCCCCCCUGGUACCUGUGCAUCCUGCUGGGCAUUCAGCAUUUCCUGACAGCCCUGGGAGGUCUCAUAGCCAUCCCACUGAUCCUCUCCAAAGAGCUUUGCCUCCAGCAUGACCUUCUCACCCAGAGCCACCUGAUCAGCACCAUCUUCUUUGUCUCAGGGAUUUGCACCCUGCUGCAGGUCCUCUUUGGAGUCAGGUUGCCUAUUAUUCAAGGAGGAACUUUUGCAUUCCUGACCCCCACCCUGGCCAUGCUGUCUCUCCCCAAGUGGAAAUGCCCUUCUUGGACACAGAAUGCCACCCUGGUGAAUGCCUCUUCACCAGAGUUCAUUGAAGUCUGGCAGACGCGGAUGCGAGAAUUGCAAGGAGCUAUCAUUGUAGCUUCUUGCUUCCAAAUCUUCGUUGGAUUUUCUGGCCUGAUUGGAUUCCUGAUGAAGUUCAUCGGCCCCCUGACAAUCGCGCCCACCAUCACCUUGGUUGCACUUCCUCUCUUUGACUCGGCUGGUGACGAGGCUGGGCAGCACUGGGGCAUAGCGUUCAUGACUAUUUCUUUCAUAGUUCUGUUCUCUCAGUACCUGAAAGACGUCCCUGUGCCACUGCCAUCUUACCAGGGAGGCAUGAAGUGCCACCUCUCCCCAGUCUACCUCUUCCAGAUCUUCCCGGUGCUGAUGGGGCUGUCCCUGAGCUGGCUGCUUUGCUACGUGCUGACGGUGACCGACGUCCUCCCUGCAGACCCCACUGCCUAUGGCCACCUGGCCCGGACGGACAUUCGUGGGGAUGUUUUAUCCCAGGCUCCCUGGUUUCGGCUGCCUUACCCAGGCCAGUGGGGAAUGCCAACAGUCAGCCUGGCUGGAAUAUUUGGCAUCUUAGCUGGGGUGAUUUCCUCCAUGCUGGAGUCUGUGGGAGAUUACUAUGCCUGUGCUCGCCUGGCCGGGGCCCCGCCGCCACCAAAGCACGCCAUCAGCCGUGGCAUCGGGGUAGAAGGCAUCGGCUGCCUCCUGGCUGGUGCCUGGGGGACGGGGAACGGCACCACCUCAUACAGCGAGAACGUGGGGGCCCUGGGCAUCACCAAGGUAGGGAGUCGAAUGGUGAUCAUUGCCGGUGCCUGCACCAUGCUCCUCAGCGGUAUCUCCGGGAAAGUCGGGGCAAUGCUUGCCAGCAUACCCACCCCCGUGAUCGGAGGCAUGUUCCUUGUGAUGUUUGGAGUUAUCACGGCAGUGGGGAUUUCCAAUUUGCAGUACACUGAUAUGAACUCCUCAAGAAACAUCUUUAUCUUUGGAUUUUCUGUAUUUGCUGGCCUCACAGUUCCCAACUGGGCAAACAAAAAUAGCAUGCUGCUGGAAACAGGAAUCAUCCAGCUGGACCAGGUGAUCCAGGUGCUUCUCACCACUGGCAUGUUUGUAGGUGGACUCCUGGGGUUUAUCCUUGACAACACCAUUCCAGGAACACAGGAGGAGCGAGGGCUCCUGGCAUGGAAGCACAGCCACAUGGGAGAGGCAGACAUCUCUCAGCUCAUUUCCAAGGUGUAUGAUCUUCCAUUUGGCAUAGGCACCAAAUACUGUGCUGUCUCUUGGUUUCGGUAUCUCCCUGCUUGCCCCAAAGGGCUAUCCGGUGGCAAGAGAAUGGAUGAACUGAAAGCUGCCAAACAGGAAAGCAGUGUUAGAGCAAGCUCAGAAAGAGACUCUGAGAUAGGUGCUGAUACAAGGAUAUAAGCACCUUCCUAUCUCGGAAGCUGAGGUCUGAAAAGGAUGUCUGCAGCCCACAACAUUUGAACAUGAGCUGGCAGCUGUCAGAGGCUAGACCAGGAGAAUGAUAAUGCCUUUCUCUUCCCAGCUCUGCCCCCUGCACCUCGAGGGGGUAAUUUUUCUCCUCUCUGCUCCUGCCUGCCCACCUCUAGGAAGAACAUAUUCCUUCUUCAGGGAACACCAAAGGCCAAGAAAUGCUUGGAAAAGAUGUUCAAUUUCCUUCCUUGCACCAAACCUUGGGGACCCCAAGGAGCAGCUGUUUAGCUGAAGCAGAGCUGUUCCUGUCCUCUGUCCUGGCUGCCCAAGGAACCACAGAAGAUAUCCCUGAUGCGGGCCCUGUACCACUCUCAGGCAUCCCUAGGGCUGAGGCUAAUCCCCACCACCUUAAAAGAUCUGUAAGGGCAAUGCCCACCUCUCAGCUUGUGUUUCACACUCAUCCUGGCCAGGGGGAAGGAGUGGGCACCUUUAGGUCAUGAUUGUUCUCAUUCCAUAUUCCCAUAAUUUAAAGUCAGUCAAAUGAAUGUGGUUGCAAGAGAGGCGUCUAAGGUUAAUGGGCUUGACUGUCUUCUGAACGUGCCUCUCCUAUCUUAGACUGCAGAGGGAAUCUAGAGACCUUCUGUUCUUGACCUAACAAAAACCCAGCUUCACUGCAAUGAAUCCCUGAGCAGUCUCAGGGAAGCCAGCUUCCCCAGAGCACCAAACCCUACAAAGAUGAAGGCGACAAUUCUUCUGCUCACAGUGAGAUGCAUCCCUGUUACUGCUAUGUCCUGUGUCCCCUCCACUGUACUUGUUUGGUCUGGUGAUUCUGCAGUUACAACCACUUCUCUGGAAAACAGUUUGCAGAUUCUUAUUCCUGUCCACUGUCAGCAGAAACAGCCUUAACCUAUAUGGCCAUGUCCAAUGCAGUUGCAUGCAGUGCUGGCUGCUGGUGGUGUGUAAUAACAUUGUUGUAGUAUGAGCUUGUGUUUCCAGUACUGAGA